ACUUCCUCGCAUACAGUUCAAAGCUUCAAUAACCAACCUUCUCCAUCCCACACAAAAUUAGCAAUCAACAAUCUCUCUUUCUAUCUCUGUUCUGUAGAACUGACUGGAUCUCAAGAAAAAGGUGUUGCAGGAUUCAAGAGUCACCAGAUAUUGGUAAAUUCAAAUUGCUGUCCAGACACAAUGAUGCUAAAGCAGCAUUCUUCAAGCCAACUUCUGCCUUCUAGGAGUAGACGACUAUGGAGGAAGUUAUGCCUCUGGAGCCACAGGAACCUGCAGAAUUCAUGGAGCAUGAAAGUAGUGCUACGUUGUGUUAACAAUAACUCAAACAAGAAAGGUGGAUACUCCAACAACAUUCAGGAACCAAAAUGGGGUGCAGAGUUGGAGAAGGUUGGAUUUCCAAGGUCAUUCGCUGGAGAAUUCAGAAACAAAAGCAACAGUAACCACAGAAACAACGACAAUCACCACCACAAGAGUAAUGUUCGUUAUGGUGGGGUUUCUGGUUUAGUUCCCCAGAGCCAGUCGGUUGCUCGCAAUAUUUCAAAGGUUUUAGAUACCAACAGUGUUACCCAGUAUCCGAAUUCUUCCUCAAAAUUAGCUCACAUCACUCGCAUGGACAUAAGAAUUAUCCCCAACUUCUCACAAUUCUCCAAUCUUCGAACUCUGAACCUGUCGGGCAACUCAAUAGCCCACAUUACCCCAGGAAUGCUGCCCAAGGGUCUACAAUACCUCGACUUGUCCAGAAACAACAUUGCUGCUAUCGCAGGCCUCAGAGAGCUGACUCGAUUACGAGUCCUCAGUCUUGGGUACAACCGGAUCUUCCGAAUUGGCAAAGGGUUGUCAAAGUGCACACUUAUCAAAGAACUCAAUCUGGCUGGAAAUAAAAUUAGUGAGUUGGAGGGGCUACACAGGCUUUCAAAGUUAACAGUUCUUGACCUGAGCUUCAACAAGAUAACUACAGACAAACCUCUUGGCCAACUAGUGGCAAACUACAACUCCCUUCGAGCACUCAAUCUUUUGGGAAAUCCCAUUGAGAGCAACAUCCGUGGGGAAAAGCUACAGAAGGUGGUUUCUGGACUCCUCCUGCAUCUUGUUUACUUCAACAAGCAGCCCAUUAAGCCACAGAGAGCACAGGAAGUGGUCACCAGUAGUUUUACAAAGUCGCCAGUCCUAAAUAACAAACUGUACCAUCGCAGGAGAGUACUGAAGAUGGCGGUAGAUCAAGGUGAAUCAUCUUCAAGUGGGCAUCGGAGCAGCAGGGCUGUUGGUGGCCCCAAAAGCGGGAAGAGAUCAAAAGGGAGAAGUCAUCAAAGCAACAUUAAAGAAUGGAGGUCAUCAUCACAUGCUGCUGCUUUUCAUUAGAGCCUAAUUAGUUGAAAAAAAAAAAAGAAGAGGGUAAACAGGUGGUAUUCUCUUCAACUUACCAGAACUUGAUGCCUAAAUAACUCACCCAAAAAAGAUGGAGGAAGUUACUGUCAAAUGGUCUGCUGGGUUGUUCCAAAAACCCAGUGAGAUGGUCAACCGGUGGUCAACAGUCAAAAUUGGUUCAUUUUUCAUGAGUCAAUACAUAAUUGUAGCCUUUGCACGGCAGGUUAUUUCACAUAUCACAAAUUUUGAUCAAGGUUAAGUAGCUCUGUAAAUUUGCUUAUAUUGGUACUAUAAUUUGAAUAAUGGUAUCUGGUCAAGUAGAGUUGCUUGUUUUAGUGUCUUCUCAUCCCUUUAGCAAUUCUGGAGUCCGCAGUAAAUCAGUGCUAGAUCCCUUCCAUUGCUGAUUUGAUUAUUUUAGGUGGUAUUGGAAAUCGGAAGCACAAAAUACAUCUAUUAUCUUUGUUUACACCCUAGAAGAGGUCUGUACAGAGAACUCAACGAUGGCUGUGGAGAAUGAGGUUGAUUGCAAGAGAUCAUUGACAAAGUCUGUAAUAUCAAGCAGAAGUAGAG